UCAUAAAUACCAACCAGUAGCACUGCAUGAGAAAUAAUAUUAUUUUUACAUACAGAUUUAAUUAAGGAGGCUUCGAUCUCCAACUCUUAGUCUUUUUUCUUCCAACUUAACAGUCUGAUCGAUGACUUAUCAUUGAAGGUCGUUCAUCAUCUUGCAGACAUGGAAGCUCAUACCUCUUGUCAAGAAAAGGUGGAAACCCUCCAAACAGACUUGAAGUGUUUGCGAAAAGAGAAUGAAACUUUAAGAUUCAUGCUUGACGUUAUGAACAGCAAAUGCAACAUUCUUCAAGCCCAUCUCCAAGAAACAAAGGCUGCAGGACAAAUGGACAUCAAUUUCUCUCAAAGCGGCUUUGACAAGGAAGCAAACAAGAGAGCUCGGACAUCUGAGGUUCCAAUACAUAACAAGACACAACGAAUCCUAGUGAGAACCGACUCUGAUCAGGACAACAGCCUAACAGUGAGAGACGGCUAUCAAUGGAGGAAAUAUGGGCAGAAGGUCACCAAAGACAACCCAUCACCUAGAGCUUAUUUCAGGUGUUCCAUGGCUCCGGGAUGCCCUGUUAAAAAGAAGGUACAAAGGUGCUUGGAAGAUAAGUCUCUGCUUGUGGCAACUUACGAUGGGAAGCACAACCAUGAUGUUCAUGGUUCUUCUCUUGGGGACUCUUCAUCUUCAUCAGAUACCAUCAGAAGCCCAAUGGCAAAUAUUAACUCAUUUCUCCCAGCUAUGGCGCUCGAUCUUAGUCUCUCUAGUCCACAUCAAGAAAAUCGAAGACCCUUUCAGAAUUUUGUGGAAGAGCACCACAACAACAGCUACAACAAUAUUGCAGAAUAUGCAGCCUCUUUAACCAAGGAUCCUACCUUCACGACAGCUUUGGCUGCAGCUGUUGCAAGCUCCAUCACCCAUCAGCCCAAAAAAAGAUUUGAAUCUGAACACCAUACGUGAUCUUUGGAACUGUAAAGACGCAAAAAUAGCCUAGAAUCUACAUUUAAGCGAUAGCGUUUCUUUUUUUUUUUUUUUUGUGUCAAAAAAUGCUUGGAGUACUACAGAUUUUAUUACGAUCUUUUACAAACUAACGUAACAGUUCAUAUAGCAUUUACCACAUCAGUUUCUAAAGAGUUGUAGUAAAAGUUAACUGUAGUACUCCUAGCACUGUUUAGUUAUGUAGUUGUUGAGAAUAAGGUUUGAGUAUUUUAAGUUUCUCUAAGUUUUCUCUUUUCCUCUAUAAAACGAGAGGAUUCAUGAGCUUUGAUCAUCUGUGUGAAGAUGCCAUCAAAGUGAAAAUGGCAUGAUCAUGAGUCAUACAUGCGUUUUGUCUUAGAAAAGUGAAGUUGUUGCUGUUAUUGUAAUGGAAGAUAGAAGGAAAAUUGAAUUA